AUGGACUGGAGUAUCCUUGGCCUAGACCAACCACUGAUUGAGCCUCAAAGCAUUGAUACGGAUCAUCUCAUAGCAACACCGCCUAUCAGUGAUGAUAUCAACCCAACCCCAUCAGCUCAGAUCACUGUAGUGUCUCAACUGACCGAUCUCAUGGCUGCAUUUGAUCGUAUGCAGAACAGCCCUCCUGCCUCGUUGACACAACAUCUCACCUUACGCGAACUCAACGAGUUCAUGAAAGUUUGCGACGUCAACGUUGGGGCAUUCCUUGAAGAGUUACUCCAGAGUGCCCAAAAGCUGGUCCACUUAUACCCUCAAGUUCUCAAACAACUUGAACCUAGGGGUAUAACAUCCUGCGAGGCCCCAGACUGUGUACAUAAUUCGCCGUUAUUUUCGGAUGCCCGGCAUAAACUCUCCAUUGACCAGUCGCUUAUUCAUCUUGUGCUGGCAUGCCACCUCCGGCUGCUAGAUUUGGUCGAUAACAUCGUCAAUCAUGGACGCAUGUGUGCUCAUGCAGUCCCGAUGCUACCCCCAGAGUGCGAACCCAGACUCGACAUUCCAGAAAUUAAGAUCGGUUCCUUUGUUGCACCAAAGAUUUCUGCUGCAUCAAUGGUGAUAGCUUUGGUAAUUGAGCUUCAGACAUCCCUCAAUGCCAGAGCUCAGAACUUACACGACGUGGUUUCAUCAAACCUUGGCCACGAUGCGAGGACAGCAAAGAUUCUCGGCCUGCAGUGUGAGUCUCUGAAAGAGCAUGCUACACAAACUGGCUCAGAUCUCCACUCUCUUCGGGAGCAUCUUCAGAACUUGGGCGUCAUCCGAUGA